AAAGCUGGUUUUGCGUGUGUGUGUGUGUUUGCAGCCAGCCCCAGUGUCAUGGCCUCAGGGGUCACUGGGAGCGUUUCUGUGGCCUUACACCCUCUGGUCAUCCUCAACAUAUCUGACCACUGGAUACGCAUCCGCUCGCAGGAGGGCCGGCCCAUGCAGGUGAUUGGAGCUCUGAUUGGGAAACAGGAGGGUAGAAACAUUGAAGUGAUGAACUCCUUUGAACUGAUGUCUCACACCUUAGAAGAUAAAAUACACAUCGACAAGGAGUACUACUACACCAAGGAGGAACAAUUUAAACAGGUCUUCAAAGAGAUGGAGUUCUUAGGCUGGUACACCACCGGUGGUCCUCCCGACCAGUCAGACAUCCACGUCCACAAACAGGUGUGCGAGAUCAUUGAGAGCCCUCUCUUCCUCAAGCUCAACCCAAUGACCAAACACACUGACUGUUCUCAUCCUCAGCUUCCUGUUAGCGUUUUUGAAUCUGUGAUUGAUAUCAUCAGUGGCGAGGCCACCAUGUUGUUUGCUGAGCUGACAUACACUCUUGCCACAGAGGAAGCAGAGAGAAUUGGUGUUGAUCACGUAGCUCGAAUGACGGCCACUGGCACCGGAGAAAACUCUACUGUGGCAGAACAUCUCAUAGCUCAGCACAGUGCGAUAAAGAUGCUUCACAGCCGGGUGAAGAUCAUUCUACAGUACGUCAAAGCCGUGGAAACAGGAGAGGUGCCAUUUAACCACGAGAUCCUUCGAGAAGCAAACGCGCUGUGUCACAGACUGCCGGUCCUCAGCACCAUCAAAUUCAAAACUGACUUUUAUGAUCAAUGCAACGACGUCGGCCUCAUGGCCUACUUAGGCACCAUCACCAAGACCUGCAACAGCAUGAACCAGUUUAUCAACAAGUUCAACGUCCUGUACGACAGGCAGGGCAUCGGCCGCAGGAUGAGAGGACUCUUCUUUUGAGCCGGCAGAGGCAAACACACACACCAUAGUUUCUUUUUCCUCUGUCCUUCUUUUUGUUUGUUUGUAUUUUGAUCAGCAAAAUAAAACUCUUUAAGGCCACAGCAGCUUUUUCAGCCAUUUUACCAUUUACAACCACAAGUGUAUCCAAAAGCACUUAAUCACACAAGUCAGAGAUGUGUGUGUGUGUGUGUGUGUGCGUGUGUGUGUGGAGUCUCUUCACGCUCUCUUGGGUCUGCACAGCAGUGAAUCCACUGUACACAAACAUGAUCUCACUUUACCCCGUUCCUUUUAUUGUUUCAUGUUUCUGUAUGUAAUAAAUGAUGGGUUUUUUUUUCAUGA